AACGGGCGGGGUUGACCAGUGCACGACGAUCCAACGCGUACUACUCACUGUUAGUACCUGCAUUCCUACUCAUCCACAGACUAGCUAGCUAGCACUAGCACGAGUCUCUGUAGACUUGUAUUCAUUGGUGAAUUGGUUAGUUUGUUUGGUUGGUUGGAUUGGUGGACUUGUUCACAGUCAGUCGGGUCCAUUGCAUUGGUGGAACUGUCUCGUUGUACCAAUACCAAUACCUAUUGAUACGGUACAUUCAAACAGGCAUGGGUCUCUUUUCUACCCUCGACAACCAACCGGACCAAGUCGGCAACCACCCGUCCACAUCGUCCACAUCCUUGUCGUUACCGACCGUCGUUCAACUCUACACCGACGAGCCUUUCCGUCUCGAACAAUCCGUGGCACAACUACCCUCCUACGCCGCACUCACGUACCAGGCCGUGUCCGUCCUCGUAACCGACUUGGCCGAGACACUCCCGGUCCUUUCCGUCCGGACCGAAACACACCGCGGACUCCGACACCGCCCACCACUCGCGACGGAACCGGUGCCGGAUCUUGGUGUCUGGAGUUGUCGGGUGAUAGCGCGGACCGCCCACCACGAAACGACGCACGAUGCCGCAACACUCACCGAUGCGCUCCUGCGCAUCCCCCACGACAGCAAUGCCGUCUUUGCCUUUACGGUGGAUCUACGCGACCCCGCACGCGUCGAACCGACACUCACGCGACUCCAAGAUGCACUCGUGCGGUACUUGAUUCAUCGGGAUGAACCAAACAACGACCCGCACGCCGAUGCGUUGCCCGUGGCACCGACUACCACCACCACCACGACGUCUCUGGAUGAUUUGCGCUCGGUCGCGUUUGGGACCGCACCACACGAUGAUGAUUCCGUCAAGGCGGUACCGGAAACCAAGGAUCGUACGGUCCGCGUGACUCUGGCAAUCUGCGCACGAAUGCCCGCAGACGACUUGGACACUACGUAUACUAAUAACAGUAGCAAUAACAAAAGCAACAACGACCCUCCGGCCAAGGAAGAAGCCGUUGCAGGCUACCACGCCAAGCAAACGCAAAAUUUGAUUUAUUAUCACUUGCGCCGGUACGCGGCUGCUUUGAACGCGAGUUUGAUCUUUGUGGAUGAAUCCACCAGUUCCACCACCGACAAAGGGACGGCAUUGACCGAUCGACAACCGACCGUGAGUCUACCGCAACUGGCCUUUUUUCUACGCGAACUGGCUCGUGGCAAAGCCCUCUGGCUCGAAUUGGAACAAUCGGCGCGUACCAACGACGAAGACGACUCGAAUGACGAGUCCAACGCAAAGGCCCCGACUCCCGAGUCGGCCCAUGCCAUCGUCUACGGACCCGGUUCCCACCAAGAAGACUUGAUCGAAUCCGUGUGGCUCCGCAACGCCCAGUAUCCCGGACACUGGGAUGCGGCGAAGGAUCCCGUCUGGAAAAUUCUACCGCCCCCACCCUUACCCGAUCCCUCUGCCAUUGGCAAGCGGCCACCGCCACCGACGGGCACGGUCGGAGACGAAGCCUGGUUGACCGAACUCCGUGAUUCCGUGGCGACCGUGACCGAUGCCGCCAGCAAGACGCCGCCUCCCAAAAACAAGUCGGGGGUCAACCCGGCCGCCGGUACGACACCCGUCGAUAAGACGCCCAACGAAAAGGAUGUCUCCAACUUUUUUGAAUCGCUCCUGAAAACCAAGUGAUAACUCGCCAUACCCACACAAAUUUCGUAGGUAAACUAAAACGAAACACGUACACGC